AUGGGCGUCCCUGAUGAUGAGAUUCUGGAUGUUGCUCCUCUCUCUGUGAUUCCUGCCGCGGACAUUGACUUGAACCAACCCAUUGCCAUUGAUGCCUCCGCUUCUGCAUGUUCCAAUCAAGGUAAUCCCUCUAGUAUCCCGUUUGGUUCAACUCCUGUCACUAAGCAUAAGGAAGAAACACAUUAUACUUAUCAUGUUAUAAGAGACCUAGUUACUAGAAUUCUUAAUGAAGACCACUCUGUGAAGGGGGUUUCUACUCCCCUUACUCAAAUGUAUCCCCCUCCUGAGGUUGAACAACCUAGUGGUAAGGCUGAUGAUUCCUCUAGUUCUGAAAAGGACUUGGUUGCUGAAGGGUUGCUCUCUCUAGGGCAAACCGUGUUUGACAAAGGGAAAUCUGUGGCCUCUAACAUGGCUAAUGCUUCCCACUCUGAGAAGCAUGAUGAUGCAAAUGUUGUGAUUGAUCUAGAGGAUGCUAGAAAAGCUAAGAAGACUGCUGUCAUUGGUCCCUCCAAACCAUGGAGCAAGGUUGAAAUAAAGAAGGGGAAGGUAAAAGAUGAUUCUGAACCUGAAGAGGAUGUUGAGGAAGAUGCCCCUAAUAUCUCGCUUGCGAAGAAAACUACUAUUAGGAAGUCUCCUGUUAAAGUACUUGUUGUUCAUUUGGAUAACAUCUCCUUCCAUCUUGAGGAUGGAGUUGCUAAGUGGAAAUUUGUGAUUCAGAGAAGGGUAGUUGUGGAAAGGGAAUUGGGAAAAGAUGUUGCUGAUGUCAAGGAGGUCAUGGACCUGAUACAAGCUGCUGGGCUUUUGAAAACUGUUGCUGGAUUCUCUCAAUGCUAUGAAGGUUUAGUCAAGGAAUUUAUUAUUAAUAUUCCUGGGGAUAUUUCUGAUAAGAACAACAAGGAGUUCUGCAAGGUGUAUAUGAGGGGCAGAAAUAAUGAGGGUGCAAGAGAAUUAAAGGUUACAGACAACCAGGUCUGUAGGGAGAUUACAGCUAAGCAAGUGAAAGUUUGGCCUUUUAAAAAGCAUCUUCCUGCUGAGAAGUUGACUAUCAAGUUUAUUUUUGCUGUUGGGACAAAAGUGAAAUUUGACUAUGGUAGAUUUAUGUUUGAUCAAAUCAUCAAGCAUGCAACUACUAAUGCAGUUAAGCUGCGAAUUUCUUUUCCCUCUAUGAUAUGUGGAAUUAUCUUGAAUCAACAUCCUGGUAUUCUGUGCUCAAAUGAUUUACCUAGUAGGAGAAAACCAGCUCUGGCUGUGCAUUACAAACUCUUUAAAGGUAGUCAUGUCGAGGAUAUUGUCAUGACAUCUGCCAUGAGGAGCCCAAUCUCAAAAGUUGGAGCAAUUGCUGAGCUUAAGGAGACUUGCAAAGAGCUAGGUGAAGGGAUUAGGGCUAAGGGUGAAAAUGUUGAACAUGCUAAUGUCAGCCAUGAAGAAGAAGCUGAAGCCCACACCUCUAGUGAGAGGUCUGCUAACAAUGAUGAUGCAAAUGGCAAUUCUGCUUCUGGUGCUGCUGAAGAGGCUGCAAACUCAAGCUCUACUGAGUAG